AAUCUGUAUUCCUCAUUUGGAUCAACUCUGGCAAGAGAUGAUGAGAAGAAUUUGUGGAGCAUGCCUCAUGAUGUGUCGCACACGGAGGCAGAUGAUGACCGAGUACUAUACAAUUUAAUUGUUGUUCGCAAUCAACAGGCCAAAGACUCUGAGGAGUGGCAAAAACUCAACUAUGAUAUCUACACUCUGCGACAGAUUCGAAGGGAAGUGAGAAAUCGUUGGAAGCACAUUUUAGAAGAUUUAGGUUUUCAAAAGGAAGCUGACUCUUUGUUGUCAGUGACAAAACUCAGCACCAUCAGUGAUUCUAAAAACACCAGGAAAGCUCGAGAGAUACUGUUAAAACUAGCAGAAGAGACUAAUAUUUUCCCAACAAGUUGGGAACUCUCAGAGAGAUACCUCUUUGUGGUGGACCGUCUGAUUGCUCUUGAUGCAGCAGAAGAGUUCCUUAAAAUUGCCAGUCAAACUUACCCCAAAAGACUUGGAGUCCCCUGUUUGGUAGAUGGCCCAAAAGAACUGCACUAUCUUCCAUUUCCAAGUCCUUAAAGG